ACAAUGGUUGUAGAAUGGAAAGUGUGGUAAAAUGAGGACUUGAAACUUCCCAACUUACACUUGGAGGAGUGUGAGAGCCACUAAUGAAUAGUAACCUACAACCUUGGCUUUUAUAUAUAAAAUAAAAUAAUUAAUGAAUAUAUUAAUGAUUAGGAUUCCGAUACAAAACUCGUGGAAGCGGUGGUGUGGAACAACUUAGGAUUCUGUCGACAGUAUUUCGAGAUGGGCUGCAAAAUGGUGGGCAAAGGAGAUGAUUUGUGCAAAAAAACAUAGACGAAAACCUAGUGGAUAGUUGUUGCAAUAGAGAGUUUAAAACCUAGUAGGCAAUAAUUGUUAUGAGAAACACAAUGGAUAAUAGAUAUAAACCUAGUGAAUAAUAGCUAAACACAGUGGUUGUAGAAUGGAGAGUGGGGUAAAAGGAGGACUUGAAACUUCCUCACUUGCACUUGGAGAAGUGCGAGAGUCACUAAUGAAUACUAACUUACAACCUUGGAUUUUAUAUAUUAGUAAUCAAUUCUUUCUCAAUUGUUGCGUGCGUCCCACUCUGACACAGAGAAAUGGCGUCAUCCAAUAGCUCCUGCAGUGCCGACGAAGGCACAACAGCACCCGCUGCCGAUCAAAGUUUGUCAACCUACGAAAUCCUUUAGGCAUCUUCGUGAAGGAUCAUCGGUAUGAGCUCCCAAUCCAUUGACCUCUCUUUUGGGAGAAAGUUUUGUUGGAUCUUAUACCACUCUCUAACACGCCUCCUCAAACGAAAACCAACCCAUGGGCUUGUAAUUUGCAUAGGUCCACCAUACCUUGUGCUUUUAAUCAAUUGUGAAUAUUAAGGGUCGUGGAGAUUCGAACACACGACCACUUGGCCAAAUCAGCUAUGAUACCAUGUCAUGAACUAGUUACUCCCAAUAACUUGAGUUGUUGGGAAAAAGGUUAUGUUGGAUCUUAUACCACUCUCUAACAGAUCCAAAUCAGAGGGUUGGUCACUAUUUCUCCGAAUAGCUUCGCGAGAGGAUCUCUCACGAAUACCCAACAACGAGGGGAGAUCUGGAGAUCCCAAUUAACUAGUCAAGCACCAGUCGACACUACAAUAGAAGUGGCAAUCCAGAUAGAUCAAUAUGUAUCCGAAAAGUUCCCCUUUUACACGAUGUCUCACAUGGCAGGAAUUCUAAUAUUGUUCGAAAAUGUGUGCGGAUCAAGGAGGAUCCACGUGAUCGACCUCGAGAUUUCCAACAGAAUGCAGUGGAAGGCCAUGAUGCAAGCUCUCGCGUCGCGACCGUGGGACCGCCCUCUGGAGAUGCUGAAGAUUACGGUCGUGGGGCCCAAAAAGUUGAGGAAGUCGAUCAAGAGACGUGGAGAUGGCUCGCGAGUUAUUUCGAUCGGAUGACAUUGACUGUUACGUUCUUCUUCAGAAUCGUAACGGUCGACCACGUUCUGGACCAUCGGAAGGAAAUGUUCAAUACCGACUCUAAGGAGGCGCUAGUUGUGUACUCCUAGUUCUACCUCAGGAGUCUGAUCCCCUGUCUCAAGCGGAUGGAAGGUCUGAUGAAAGUGAUACGAGGCCUCAAGCCACGGAUCGUGGAUGUGUUGGAAAUGGAGUCGAAUCAGAAUUUGACCACGUUGUCGCCUCGAUUCGUCGAGGAGCUUUUCUCAUUCGCCUCUGUCUUUGAUUGUCUGGAGGUGUGUAUGGACGAGGUAGAUGCGGAGAGUAGGGCGUUGCUCGAUUCCUUGGUGUUGGGGAGGAGGAUCAGGAACGUCGUGGUGGAGGACGGAGAUGUUACGUGCACUUUUGCACGAAUGAAAUUUAGGAAGAAAUAAUGAAUUUGGAAGAAGAAUAAUGGAGGAAGGAUAUAUAGAUUGAAGAAGAGAAGUGUUCUCCUUGGCGAGAGCAAAACCUCUAAACUUUUUCGAGGAAAGCCAACCUCAUAAAUUAACACGUAGGUGUGUAAAACCCUUUUUUUAUUAUACUCCUUUGAUUAUUCUUUCCUCUAUCAUUUUCUACCUUAAAUAGUAAGGAAACAACUACAACCCCUAGCCAACGGAAAACACCUUCCUUAAUCCUAGCUAACCACUAACUCACUAGUUACCCCACUACUCACGUCAUAAUCCCUCCCCUAACAACACAUAAUUAAAUAAUUACUUUUACUAAAUAAAUGCACAUAUCAGGAGAGGACAUGUGUUUCACAACGAUGCGGAUUGAUGUGUUGAGGACGUUGUUUGCGAGGUUUGGGAUGGUGGAGUUGAAGCUGAUCGCAAUGGUACUGUAUCAGGCGAAGCUUGUACUUAAGGAGUUUCCAUGUGGGAAGUACUGAAAAACUAGGGUGGAUGGGAAGAGCUCGAUUGUUGGCUGGAAAGAGACACCAAUGAUUUACAUCUCUAGUUGGAAGUUCGCUCGGUUGAGGAAGCUCUAGCAGGAUGAAGUUUCCAGAUGAUGUCUAUGUUUGGCCUGGCUUUUAGAAGUGCUUUUCGACUUCAAAAUCUGAAGCAGGGCCAAACACUUCUAAAAGUUCGGCUUUUGAAAAGCCGAAAAGCCCUUUUUGUAUAACAUAAAAGCAGAAGCUCCGAUUUGGAGCUUAUGCGAAAAGUUUUUUUGAAAAUACAAGAUUAUCCUUACCAUAUUUUAAUUAUUUCAGAAAACAUAAUUUUCUUUCAUUUAUAUCAUUUUAAAAAUAAAAUAAAUAAUAAAAUAAAUAUUAUUUAAUAUAAAAGAAGUCUAACAAGAUCCAUUUUGACUAUAUUUUAUUGUUCAGAAUUAUUAUUCAUAGUUUAUAUUAUAAGUCCUUUAUAGUCAUUUUACACAACCUCUCAUAUUGAAAAACACUUUUAAUAGUUUUUCAGUCAAACACUCAACUGCUUUUUUUGAAAAGUACUUCUCUAAAAGCUCAAGCAAGAAUCUGCUUCUGCAAAAGUUAUAGCAGGGCCAAACUGAGCCGAUAUUUUGGUUUACCUAUUUAGGGUCUUCUUCCUUUUGGUUCUUUACUAAAAGUAAAUCAUAAUGAGCUUAUGAAAAUAGGGACUAAUGAUAAUAAGGAUUAAGGAAACAUUAAGGGCACAUAAUGGACGAGGAUAGUAAAACUUCGAAUGAGAGGGCAUUUUGGUGUCACAAUAUGAACAGACUAUGAUCAGCUGCAUCUUUGAAAUGAACAAACACAUAUACUUCAAAAUAGUAGAAAAUGAAAAUUUUCCAAAAUCUUUCCUCCUACAGGCGGAAGUCAAACUCUCUCCAAUAGUCAUGUUGUCCAGCGACUCAACGGUUGACCAGUAGUAGGGUUUAAGUGCAAGCUACUUUUUCUUCUUGGGCUAGACUUCUUGGUCCAUAAGUAACCUCUCCUAAAGAAUUAUUCAUCGUUGUUUAUGCAGGUUUGCUUAGGUGGCGGUUGGACCCAUUGUUGGGCCCCUGCUAGUUCUUGCUUCUGUUUGGGUCGAGUCAUCCUCCAUUACGCUUCUCUUGGGCUCUAAUUGUGGUUACUAGUAGGCUUCUCCAUCAUUGGAUCUCAUCUUUAUCGUGAAAGAUCUGCGUAGCUCUUGUAGUCCUCCGGAGUUGUCCAAUGCUUGAUCCAAGUCUUCCUAAGUUGUUUUGUACCUUGAAAAUCAUAAGAACAUACCAAGAAAACAUCAAAGAGUACAAAAACAUAGCUUAUGUCUAUUAAAUUCUCAUUGAUCAAAUAGUUAUGGUUAUAAAAGGGUGUACUAAAGAUGUAUUGAUAAAAAGGGAAAAUGCAUCAAAAAUGGGAGUGAUUAACACUAUAAAUAGAGUGUCAUCAC